AUGGCCGCCGCGGCAGAUGACAACUCGAUGAACGCGCUGCGAUUCCAUGGGCAACACGAUCUGCGAUACGAGAGAAUUCCGAUACCCCAAGUCAAAGCAGGGCAAGUCAAAACUGACGUUGCUUUAUACCUCCACGAAUAUUUGGGUGGCGCGAAUCUCUGCCCUACCACGCCCCACCCAAUCACCGGCGAAACAGUUCCACUAACCUUCGGUCAUGAAUUCAGUGGCACAGUAGAGGAAGUUGGCGAGGGUGUUACUGACUACAAAGCCGGCGACAGGGUCGUCAUUCAGCCCAUUAUCUACGACGAUACCUGCGGCGCCUGCGAGGAAGGCCUGCAAAAUUGCUGCUGGUCCAACGGCUUCAUCGGCCUAUCUGGUUGGGGCGGUGGUCUUGCAGAUCACAUCGUCGUCCCAACCUCUACCCUAUAUCAUCUCCCUGACAAUGUUCCACUCGAGAUUGGUGCGCUCGUCGAACCUCUCGCUGUCGGUUGGCACGCAGUCAAGAUCAGUCCUUUCAAGAAAGACGACGUCGCAUUGGUUUUGGGAGGUGGGCCCAUCGGUAUAUCAACAAUCCUAGCCCUGAAGGCGAAAGGCUGCGAUCGGAUCAUCGUCUCAGAAGUGAGCAGAAAGAGACAGGAGUUUGCGAGAAAGUUCGGAGCGCACUACAUCAUCGACCCCACCAAAGAAGACCUUGCUAAGCGCUGCCGCGAACUCACUGGAGGCAAAGGUGUACAUGUAGUCUACGACUGUGCCGGCGUCCAGGCCGCUCUCAACCAGGCCGUACAUGCCACCCGCGCUCGAGGCUGCAUCGUCAACAUUGCCAUUUGGGAAAAGCCUUGCACCAUUUUCACCAACGACUUCAACUUCAAAGAGAGGACGUACAUGGGCAUUGCGACUUAUGAGAUUGGUGACUUCCAGGAAGUUAUUGAUGCACUGAGCAGGGGAGACAUGGACCCGAAAGAGAUGAUCACCCAGAGAAUUGCUCUUACCGAAGUUGAAGAGAAGGGCUUCAAGAGCCUCAUCAACGACAAGGACAACCAGGUCAAGAUUUUGGUGGAGGUUGGCGGAGGCGCAUAG